AUGUCCUACGAUCAAAUAACAAAACAUCUCCGCUCCCUACCAAUCCGCCUCCCCCAAACCCAACAAGAACGCUUCGCCCUCGCCCUUGGCACAACAGCCGCAAUCGGCACCUCCCUAAUCCUCCCCACACUCUACCGCGACUACCGGACCUUCCGCUCCUACGGCCCAGGCGGCCCGCCAAGCAAUGUACUCGGAUGGUUAGUCGUGCGCACGAUCUUCCAGCCCUUCAUGGGCGAGAUGUUCGGGACUGAGAUAUACGUGCAGCGAGUACAUGCACUGGAGGGACAUGGAGCUGGGGAGGCGGGGUUCCUCACUCUUGCGCCGGAACAGGUGCGCUCUGUUAGGGAGCGGCCGGUUGUUGGGCCCCAUGUUGCGCCUCAGAGGCAGUUGACGCAGUUACCCGAGGAGGAAAUUAAGGAUAAACUCGAGGCCGCAUUCAGGGCUUUCGGUCAUCGGAAUCACCAUCUUGUUAAAUUCCAGCGCUCAGGUCAGGAAGCGCAUGCUGAUGCUCUUUUCCUUUCUAAUCACCUCCCGGCUUCGGAUGCUGUCAAGGCGACGAAUGGCGAGCUUGCGCAUUUGCAUUCGAACGGCGAAUUUUCGGGCCACAUGCUUUUGGCGCCUGCUGAUUGCAUGAAGGUUAUUGAGGCAGGCUGGGGCCAGCGACAUGGCUUUUCGGGCCGAUUGGCCUUGUCGAUUUUGACCUUUGGUACAAAGAAAGAUCUUCCCGCGGAGUUUCUCAUGAUCUAUGCGCCGCGGAACGAUGCGGAAAUUGCUACUUUCAUGCAAAUUGUGGAGGCGGGUAUCAAGUAUACGACUGGUCGCGAGGAUGUGAGGUGA